CUGCAAGAGCUGAAUGAUGCGGCUGACGAGGUUCUGCUUCUGGAUGAGGAGGACACCGAAUCGAUCCCGUUUCUGCUUGGAUACGGUUUUCUUCAUUUCAAUCAGGAACAGGUAAAUACGGAACUGGAAGAGUUUAAAACGGAGCUAGAGGAAUUCGUAGAGGAACUCAGUGAGGAACAGAAGAAAUUGAACAACCAGAUGGCUUCUCUGAAGACGGUACUUUACGCGAAGUUCGGUGGAUGCAUCAAUCUGGAAACUGACACGGAUAGUUAA